AUGGUACUUACUCUCUCCACCCUCAUCAGCAUCGAGUCUGAGGCAGAUUUGAAUCCAACUACCCAGACCCAGAGUGCCGCGGGGGCGAGCCGGGGCGUGGCCAAUGACAGACUUUUGUCGUACCGACUGACCAGUCUCCUCCAGCCUCCUGAGCUCCGACGUCCUAAUUCCACAGCAGGCAUAAACCCUGUUCUUGGUCUAGCCCACCAAGGGGCCUUAGAAGUGAGCGCGCUGGCGCCGAACGGAGAAGUGCGGGGCCCCGGGCCGGGGGUUCCUGUGAACUGGCCCCUGCUGCCACUGCUGCUGCUUGUGCUCCUGUUGCCACUGCCCGCUGGGGCCUGGUACAAGCACGUGGCAAGUCCCCGCUAUCACACCGUGGGUCGCGCCUCGGGUCUGCUCAUGGGGCUGCGCCGCUCUCCGUACCUGUGGCGCCGUGCUCUGGGCGGGGCCCUUGGACCGCUCUCCCGGGAUACUCUGGUCCCGGGGCCGGUCACUGGCAGCGCUCUUCCCCUGCUUCCUUUACCGGUGCAGGAGCUGUGGGAGGCACGACGCAGGAGCUGGAGGGCUGGGCUUCCCGUCUAUGAGUCCCGGAGUCCGCGGGACCUGGAGCGAGCCCGCCAACCGGAGCAUUCGCUGAGCCUGCGUUCCUGGAUCUCCGCAGAGACCCCUAGAGCCUUGGGAGAGACGCUUCGCGCCCAGCCAUGGUUCCUGCAGCACAUCCUCAUUGCCAACCCUGUCAGGCUCCGAGACCAUCCCAAGAACUUAUGGCGCCCCCAGGCCUGACCUAGGCAGAAGCAGUCACGACUGUUUCCAGGGAGCACAGCUCGUAGCGUCAGCCAGUCUUCAUGGUCUGGUCAAUAAAACCAACCUGGUUUCUGCGCC